UGACAAACUGGCUGAUGAGCUCAUCGUGGUUUACUUCGUCCGCCAUUGUUGUUUAAUUAGUGGUGGAAUUCAGACUUAUUUAAGUAUGAGAAGUUUCGCAGGGAAAUAUCGCACAAGAAAGGUGGUGAAAAGGAAGACGUGCUUCUACGGAGUGUUUGUGAACAGUUCAAGCCUAGAGAGCUUGAGGCAGCUUUUUGGAGCGUCACCCCGCCGCCUUGACUAGCGUCAAAGCUCUAGCCUCGCAACGGAACCUGCCGCGAAUAUUCAAAGCCUCAACUUUGACUUAUUUUAUAUUGCUUACAACCAGUGGAGCAACGAUCGCCUUAUCCCCCCCUCGCUGCAGGUCCACCUUUCGCCCCAAAGAUCAGAUUUUCGAGAUGUCUUCAGAUGCUGAAAUGGUCCCUUUGUCGGAGUCCUCGAUGACGAUUCCUUCCGACUCCGAGCAGUAUUCUGGCAACGAUGAUAUCUCUCCUUCACCACCAUCCUCCUCAGACUCUCCGCGAAUGAUCCUUUAUUCUCCUCCUACAAUAUGGGGCUUAGUUCGAGGUGCUGCUAUCAAUCUGCUACUGCCAUUCAUCAAUGGACUUAUGUUGGGGUUUGGGGAGCUUUUUGCUCAUGAAGCUGCGUUCCGACUCGGCUGGGGAGGCACAAAGGUAUUCCCUAAUACAAGAAGCUCACACUCUGUGGGACCUGGAAUCGAGUUACGAGACAAUCCAAUGGAGAGAAGAAGACGAGACGGACAGUUGGAUGAUUUGACGAGCAUGGAAUAAACAUUUAAGCAUGAAGGAAGAUACAAACAUGUAAAUAUCAAGGCGUUGGGGGAGUUGUACAAAUAUUGUCUGCAUUUCAGCUGAGAUGAGCCAGCAGGGGCACUUGAAAUCACAAUUCACAUGUCAAAUUCAACAUCGUAUCUAUCUGCAAGAGACUAAGCUCGUGUGAACAAGCUGGGUGAAGACGUGUAGGAGGUACUUUCAAAUAAAUCGUUAAUC